CCCCUCAGGUCUAGGGCAUCUACAGAGGAACUAUACACCCUUCUGCAAAAACACCGUAUACCGGUAAAUACGACUGACACUCCCGAUCUCUGCAACUUUUCGUUCACUGCCUCUCAUCGGUUUUUGGACCCGACGACGGGAGAACCUACGCCUUUGCAAGUGGGCGUGACAACUAAUGGGGAAGGGUGUCGAUUAGCGUCGAGGAUUACGAGGGAGGUGGUGGCGAAGUUACCCAAAGACGUGGGGUGUGCGGUGCAGAGCGUAGGGCGGAUGAGAAGGUUAGCUAAAUCCAAGGCGAUAGACGACACCGAUGCGGACGAAGUGUCCGCGGAGGACAGCGGUGUGCUUACUCCCAACCGCCCCGUCGAAGAACCAACUCGACAACGCUUGAAAUGGGUCGCCCAAGUGAGCGAGUAUUGGCCCCUCUCCAAACUAGCCACCCUAUCAGACGAAGAGAUGCUCGAGCUGACGGCGGACAAACCCCUGAAUCCACCAACCAUCCACUCCCUUUCGCCCACCCCCAAACCGGGGCGCAUCGUCCUCCUUGGCUCUGGGCCCGGACACCCCGUCCUCCUCACCCUCCUCACACACCAAAUCCUCACUACGCACGCGGACCUCGUGUUAGCGGACAAACUCGUACCGCAGGGCGUGCUAGACCUCAUACCCAGCAAGACAGAACUCGUCAUCGCGAAGAAGUUUCCCGGGAAUGCGGAUAAAAGCCAGGAAGAAAUGAUGCACCUCGCCGUGCAAGGCGCGCAAAAGGGGCUGUGCGUCGUUCGCCUCAAACAAGGCGAUCCCUCAAUAUACGCCCGCUCCUCUGAAGAAGUACUCUUCUUCCGUGCGCGAGGGUACGAGCCCCUCGUAGUCCCAGGCAUCUCCUCCGCCUUGGCCGGGCCGACGUUCGGUGGUAUCCCGCUCACGCACCGCGGUGUAGCCGAGAGCGUGGUUGUGUGCACUGGUGUGGGGAGGGGUGGGAGGGGGGUGCAGAUGCCGGAGUAUGAACGGGGGAGAACGUUGGUUAUUUUGAUGGGCGUUGCGAGGUUGCAAAGGGUUGUUGAUGCGCUUUUGGUAACCCCAACUCACUACCCUCCCUACCUCCCCAUCGCCAUCAUCGAACGCGCAUCAAUGCCCGAUCAACGCGUCACAAGCGGUACUCUGUCAACUAUCGUACAAGCCCUCGAGGCAGGGGGACCACAGCGCCCCCCGGGGAUGAUCGUUGUCGGAUGGAGC